GCUACAUCAUGCUGAAAAUGUAAAAGAAUUCAACGAUACUGGGCAAGAUUUUGUAUUUACCUUCAGUAAACUAGCAUUUGAAGCAUAUUGUCAUGCUUUGACAUCAGCUAAGCUAGCCAGAGCCUUAGAUAAGGUUAGUCAGACAGCUUUCCAUUUUAUCAAUAUGCUGAAGUGCUUUAUUACAAGGAAGUUCAUGUUUUAAACUAUAUAAAUUUUCUUAUAUAAAAAUUUAUUACAAUACGUUUGUGUAAAGUAUUUAAGUAUCUUUCACUAUAGUUUUUUUUUUAUUGAUAAUUAACAUUUUAACUAAAUGAUAAAUCCAGGUAUCUAUCUAAUCGCAAAUUUGGUUAUUAAAAUAGUUGUACUAUUCUGUAUUUUUUUAGGUUAAAAAAAUGUUAAAGUGGAAAUUGUAUUAUUGUAUGGGAAAAAAAUACAUGUUUUUUUGUGCUUAUAGGCUCUUAGAUUGCUUCCCAGUCCUUAUAUUACUUGUGUUAAUGAGGAACUUGAAAGAGUUCUUCAACAUGUCCUCACAGAAAACAAGCUUGUGGAAAUUCAACUAUGUAAGUAGACUGAUGUUUAAAAAUAAUUAAAAAAUAUAAUUUAGAAGUGGUUUCAGAAUAUAUUUUUAUUUAAAAAAGAUAUCACUUUAAAUUAAAUUAUUUGAUUCUUUAACCAUUUGUAUACAAAUGAUUGUUUUAAUUUUUGUUUUAAAAGAGUUACAUUAUUUACUUUGCAACUAGCAUUGUACCUUUAAGAAGUAGUUAUUCUUAUACAUUUAGUGUGAAAAUGUGUUUUGUAAAAUCAGCAUACUAUUUAUUGUUUCUAUUAUGGCAAGUGUCGUCACUGCUGGAGCAAAAUCCAUUAGCAAAAAUGAAAGCAAAGAAACACUUUGUUGCCAUCACAAAGAUAUUAAGGAACUUGUUGUGUUCAUAUAUUAAUGGAGAAAUAACCCAUGAUGGAGAAAUGCCUGAGCAAAGCCAUUAUAUUUGCAAGGUAAAAUAUUAAUUCAUUAAUUUGAUUGAUUAAAUAAAUGUAGCCCUAUUAUAGAGAUAAUAAAUGACUUAAAAUUAUUUUUUCUUUGAACAACUAAAAUGUUAUAACUUUUCACAUUUAUAGUUAUCUAUACAAGUGAUACAGCUGUUUCCACAAGACAUCCAACAAUUGUUCACCGCCAGUGUGCCACAGCCACAGCCCUUGUGUCAUCAGUGGGAAGAGAUAGUGUUAAAAUUGAUACAGCUUCUAUUACAGGUCACCACUUUACUUUAUUUGAGCCUUAAAUUUAAUGUCUUUAAAAAUCAGUUGAGAAAGUUAAAGAUUCCUUAGCUGUGAGUUUGAUUAAGAUGGUUUUUUUUAUUCCCAUUUAGUCUACAAACCGGGAUCUACUACUAUUAAUAGGAACCUCUCUGGCAAUGGCAUUGAAUUUAACACAAUCUCUGGAUUCAAUUCAGAAUGUGUAUAAGGACUUGAUAGCUGUACUUUUGAAAGGUAAUUGA